CCGUGCAGAUGCGAGACUUAUGCUGGCGUCACACAGACGCACUCCUUCCCUUCCACGACGUCGCAUCGCCAGGGGAACUAUAGCGCACUUCUACACACACACACACACGCCCACGGAGCACGGCUCGCAGUACCAGUCGUGUAUGGCACCCCUGUCUAGCACCAUGAAUCCUGCGCAGGGACCCGUGAUGUCUCACGAAGCCACGAAGCUGCACGAGAGGGACGACACGGAGAAGGAGGGAAGCCAGACGCGCGAGACCAAGGGCUCCUCGCUCGCGGGAUGUAAGAGCAAACCGUUCAGUCUGCCGUUCAGUGUGGAAUCUUUGAUUUCCGACAGAGGCACGAGCCGGACAUCUUACUCCUCGCAUGAAGCGAGUAUAGUUCUGCCAUGUAAGCCAGUGUCCAUGUCCGUAACCGAGGACAGGCUCCGGUUGUCCCCCAUGGCACUUUACGCGGACAAGGGCUUCCAGGCGGACAGCGUCGCCGGCCUGGCGGAUAGCAAGAAGGCAGAUAUGGACAUGGAGCUCUCGGAAAAGGGCCAAAGCGGAUGGUUUCAGACGCCCUCCUACACUACUCCUCCACGCCAUUCGAGCCCCCCUCCAUGCACCCUUAGAAAACACAAGAAUAACAGAAAGCCACGGACUCCCUUCACCACGUCCCAGCUGCUGGCGCUGGAGAGGAAGUUUCGUCAAAAACAAUACCUCUCCAUCGCGGAGAGAGCAGAGUUCUCCAACUCCCUCAACCUCACGGAGACGCAGGUGAAAAUCUGGUUCCAGAACAGACGGGCCAAGGCCAAGAGAUUACAGGAGGCCGAACUGGAGAAGCUGAAGCUGGCCACCAAGCCUCUCCUCCCGGCCUUCGCCUUUCCUUUCCACCUCGGUGCGCACGUAGGCUCACCAGCCCUCUACGGACCAUCUGCGUCAUUCUCAAGGCCCUCGCUGCCUGUACCGGGACUCUUCGGCGCGCCAGUCACCUAUGGAAUGUAUUACCUGUCCUAAUCAAGAAACUCUGGCCGUGGCCGUGAGAUGUGAAGGCGACUAAUAGACUGUUAUGGUUGCUCUCCAGUGUGUAGAGAUAACUGAAAAAGCGAAUAUCUCUCUCUCUCUCUUUUUUUAAUGUCACAAUCCUGCCUUAUUGUUGAAGACGAGAGCACAUCACUCUGGCCUUUAAAUGCCUUAUAUUUUCCACACACAACACUCCGUAAAUUGCAGGGUUGAAAGAAGUUAAUCUCAACAGAGAGACGGUGCAAUGUAGACUUUUGGUAUAGGCCUCUUAAUUGUAGAUUCCAACGGAGCCGUGGAGAUUAGCUAGAUUCACAAAUGGCAGGCUAAGCAGAAGCGAUGUCUACUACAUUUUAAAGGGACACUGUAAAUCCAGAUUUUGACACUUGAGUAAAUGGCGAGUUUCAUUUGGUGAGAGCAGCAGGCCUGGCUGUGGCCAUAAAACGCGCUGACAAGCUGAGGAGGGGAGGCCGGGUAUUACUGCGGCCGCUGAGGGGGCACUGCGACUGGGCUGCCAAAACGCACUUCCCAGUCGACAACUAACACUAAACGGGACACUUUCAUGUCACUUGUAAAAAAAAGUAUGUGGAGUUGCUCUUUGAACUGCAAUUGCUCGUGAAGGAGACGAUGGCAGCGCGUGCGCCUGCUGCAUACUUAAGCUCCAGGCCCAUAACGACUCGUUGAAGGAACAUAUUUGACGACCCAAUUAUCGUCAGAGGACCAAAUAUUAUCAGCUUGCUACAAAUAUAUUUUUAUAUAAAUACACAAGAACCAAUCACAACUUGGGGAGUGACACCUUCAAACGUUAUAAAGUAGGCUAAUUAAAACUUUAAAAAAAACAAAAAAAUCCAAACAUUCCAGAAGCAAAACUGUUGAAGCUGCAUCUUUCUCAGGCCUCGUCCUGGGUCUAUGACCUCUGCACCCCGCGCGCUCUUAAAGACGCGUGUGUGGGGGAUUUUCUUGCCGCACAUCUUGAAGUUAAGAGGAUUAAUUUGAUUCUUUAUAAGGGAUUUUGUAUAUUGUUUAAUGGGGCGGAUUUUAAAAGCCGUCGGAAGCUCUUACGGAUACUUGUUUGCGCGUGUGUCCAUGCUAAAGUUAUUAGUUUGCUAGUAUGGAGGAAUAACCAAUAGAUUGAUAUAAUUUUUAAAAUACAAAAUGUAAUUUUCUGAUAUUUUUUUUCGAAACCACUUUUUUAAGUAAUACAAAAAACAAAUGCUGAUAUUUAUAUGCUGUGUUUACAUAUGCAUACUGUGUACAUCCAUGUAUAUAUAAUAUUUGUACAGAUAAAUUAGAUACAAUGCAUUUUGUACAAAAUAAAUAAACAUUUUAAAUGGUAAAAAUGUCUACUGUUUUUUUUAAAAAUAAUCUAUUAGAUGAUUUUGCUGUUUGGUUCUGUGAAAAUAUAAGGCCUAGUCUACACACCACACACUGACGCACUCAUGGAGACUAUUGCAAAGCUUUGCUUAACGUUAUGUCAUUUGACCAUGCAAUUACAAAUAGGAGUAAUUUAAUUUAUUUGCGUGAUUGUGUUCAUUUUUUGUUAGGCCUAUUUGUUUCUUCUGUUCUCCUAGGAAAUGGCAUCGUUGUUUAAAGGUGCGCGUAUUGAAAAACGUCAGAUGUUAAAUCUACCAAAGAGUCACCAGAAUGUACCCUAGCCUUAUAGCUCCACG